CACGCCACGCCACAGUCAAUGCCUCAGUUGAGAACGUGACAGUCAAUUUUCCACACAUUAGCAGUUUUAGAAUGACUCUUCCUAAUCCCUUCCCUCUCUUCCUCUUCUUCUUCUUCUCAUUUUCUAAUCUCUUUUCUCAUAUUAGUUACUUGUAAUUAUCUUUUCGUUUUUGAAGCUCAUGAAUUUUUUCUAUUUUUUUUUCUCGCCAUGACUUUCCUUUUCAGCUAAGUUACCUCUUUCUCAGCUCGUAGCUAACAUAAUUUUUUUUUAUAAUCAAUAAAUUUUACUGUUUAGCUACAAAAUUUGUCUGUUCGCUUGUUCUAGUUAAUUCAAUAAUUAUCAAGUUGGUAUGGGGACGUUAUGGAUAAAUCAGAUCUCGGAAAAGGAGGUGUUAGGAGAUGACAAAGAUGUUAUGGAAUUUGGAGAUGAAGAUGAAGAUGAGAUUAUUCCAAAAGAUAAUGAUGAUAAUAAGAAGAGGAUUUGUCGUGUGUGUAAGAAAGGAUUUAGUUCUGGUAAAGCAUUAGGAGGUCACAUGAGAAUUCACGUUCAGUCUUCGAAAAAGGAAAAAUCGAAACCACGAGGAGAAGAACAAGUGGAUGUAGAAAAUUGCAAUAAUGAUCAGUUGGUACCAAUUUGUAAAGUGUGUGGUAAGAUUUUUCCGUCGAUGAAAUCGUUGUUUGGGCAUAUGAGGUCUCAUCCUGAACGGGCAUGGAGAGGAAUUCUUCCUCCUCAUUUGAAAUCUAGCGAUGAGAUCGGAGCGAAAAAAACAGCUUCUGCUACUACUACUGUACCUGGAUGGUCAGUUACAGCUAAGCGAGGGAGAAAGCCCAAUGCUGAAGACGACGAACAAUUGCAGGAUGCUGUUCAUCAUCUUAUGCUGCUCGCCAACGGAGAUUCAAUUGAGUCUGGUGUUACUGGACAUGAUACUCUGGAAGAAUUGGAGAAAACGAACAGUAAUUAUUCUCUUACUUCCAAAGCUGAAAAUGAGGAAUUUGUUGCUCAAUUGGAGAUUAUUGAUAACAGGAAGAGAAGGAAGAAGAAGAAGACGAAGUUGAGGCAUCUGAAUUCUGUACAGGAUAGUCCAGCUUCAGUUACAGCAGCAACGCCUGAAAAAUUCAAGUGUAACACUUGUGGAAAAAGCUUCGCAACUCAUCAAGCACUUGGUGGACAUAAAUCAAGCCACAAUAAGUUGAGAAUCGUAAUUGAAGAUUCUAAUGUAGCUGCAAUCAGUGAAGAAGCAGCUGCUAGCAGCUCAAAGUUGUUGGCUGAUGGAGGAAGAAUUGUGGAUUUUGAUCUCAAUGAAUUGCCCUCUGAUCAUGAGGAUGAACUUGCUGGUAAUCCUGACUACUUUCCCUUUUUUUCUAUUUAACAAUAUAUAAGUCUUCAAGUUCGAGGUGUGGAAUCAAUCGACUCCUCAGGAUGCUUUCUGCACCAGAAUGCUAUUAUCGAUAGUACAUUAGUUUUAGUCUAUAUAUCAGUUUAAAUUUCUAAUCAUUGCAAAAAUACUUGGUAAUUAACCAUCUUGGUUACUUA